CCGCCAAUAUUUGAAAUUUGAACUCCGAAAUAGUAGAAGGCUGGUCUAUCAGUUGUGUCCUUGUUACAUAAGUUUUGAUAUUGAAAAAAUAAAUUCGUAGAGAUGGGAAGUGGUUUCUCCUUACAUUAUAAGCCAGAAGUAACACCUGACCCAAAUAAGGAAACAGCUUUUGAUCAUCAUUUUGGAUUCAAUGGACAACGUAAAGAACGAGUUAUGAUUGCCACUGAAGAAGAAAUGAUAUCGGCAAAAAUAAAAUUGGAAGAUCGUGAUUAUUGUGCUCAUAAGCUUAUUCAAUAUAAAACCUGUGCUGCUGAUGUAUGGCCAUGGGCUGUCAAAUGUGCACCAGAAAAGCAUGAAUAUAUGAACUGCGCGUUUGAGGAUUACGUUAUGAGAAUGAAGGAAUAUGAAAGAGAGCGAAGAUUAAUGGAACGAAAACAAAGAAUUGCUAAGAAGAGGGGAAGAGAAGAAUUACUUGCAUAAACAGUGCACCAGCUCAUGUUCCGGUACAUUAUCAGAAACUAAAUUUUAUGUUGGGCGCAAUAUAUAAGUCUCCAUGUUUCUUUGAUAACAUACUAUUCAUUAGGUAAAAGUAAACCCAAUAAAUAAUAAUAAAAAAACUUGUUCAAAAAUAAAAGA